GGCGCGCUGCUCGCAGUACCGCGACAACCCUCGAGCUAAAAGCAUCGUAUCGAUGCUGUCGGUGACCCGUGCGUGAAUCGUGUCGUGAAACGUGAGAACCUCCUUCCCCUUUUCGUUCUCGUGAUCCGACCAAAUUCGUACGCAGUGCUGUGGCAGUGCGUCGCUCCUUUUUAUCUUUCACUGUCUCUCUCCACCUUUCGUUGUCGCACGUCGAAAACUUGCGUGAAAUUGCGGUAGACGCUCGCGCCAUUACGUGUCCCCCCGUACCUUGUUCGUUCUUCGACGAAAACAAUUGUAUUUACGGGUAUUCUUUACGAAUUUUGAGCACGAGUUUUUCUCGCGAUGUCUGUGAGUGAUAUGUGAGUUGUGUUCUCGUCGUUCUUCCCGACUGACAUUGUUCAUCCUUCUCGGAGGAAGGGAAGGAGUGACAAGCCGAAAAAUCAAGCAUCGCGAAUAAGAUGCUUCACGGGACGUGGUUGCAGUGGUCGACGCUGCUGUUGUUGUUGCUGGGUACGCGGCUACUCUUGGUGGUCGCUCAAUGUGGAUCGUUCACUCAGGAUAGACAGGAGAAAGAGGACAAACAGGAUAAGCUGGCGCUAUACAAAGUCACUUUAAGGACUUACUGGUCGAGGGCGCGAUUUCCACGACAUUAUCCGGAAUGGAAGCCACCGGCCCAGUUCGGCAAGCUUAUCGGUCGAACGCACGACUCCGCCUACACUUUGUACAGGCUAGGGGAAAGAUUGUCGAGCGGUGUGAGGUUGUACGUGGAGACCGGAAGGACAGACGGGAUGGACGCGGACGGUGACUCGCCGAGCACCCUCCACUCGUUCACGGGCCCCCCCGUGCCCCAAGGGGAGGGGACAAGCGUGGCGCGGGCCUUCCUCGACGGCAAUCACACCCUGAUAAGCAUCAUGGCCCGCAUCAACCCCAGCCCAGAUUGGUUCGUCGGCCUCGAUUCCUUCCAACUGUGCGUGGAGGGUAACUGGGUCGAUACCGUGACCGUCGAGCUGGAUCCGCUGGACGGUGGAACCGAUAACGGGUUCACAUUCACCGCUGCCAACUGGCCGACCCAACCCCAAGGAAUCGCCUACAGGAUCACGUCGCGGUAUCCGGCGCAUCCCGCGGGAAGCUUUUAUUAUCCGAAUCUACCUCGUCUCCCGCCCAUAGCCACCCUCACCUUCACCAAGCUACGCGAGUACACGUUGACGGAAACGUAUCACGAGGACGACGUCGAGGUGGAAUUCGUCAGCAACGACAAUCUGCUUGCCAGCAAUCCGACUCCUAGAGGGAUCGAUCCGAACAGGGACCUGAACGAGGCCAUCGCCGAGGAACGGAAGGAAAUGGACACUCAGAGAUACAGGUACUGGACGACGACGGGAAACGGUCAAACGGUGACCGAGGUUCCACGAGACAACAAGGCAGCGAUCAUGGACAGCAUCGCCUCGUCGUACGCGUUGCAGAGGCCGAGAUUCGCGGCGACAACCCCUCCGAAGAUGGCGAAAUUGGAGGGUAAAAGCGGUGGGUGGCCUUAUUACCAGAAGUACAAGCAGGCGGAGGCACAAAAGGCGCAAAUCUUCGAGGACAUCCAAAGGAAAAUGGCGAACGCGACGAGCGGGAACAGCAUAGGCGUCCAUUCGUGGAAUUCGACCGACAUCGCGGCCCAACGCCAGCACAGGCUCAGGAUGAAACAUCAUCGGCUGACGUCCAAGGGGAAGCGGUUGAGGACGCGUCCGCCGAGGGACUGCAAGGUGGGAGAAUGGGGCCCGUGGAGCGCGUGCAGUCGUAGCUGCGGGGUAGGUGAGACACAGAGGACGCGGAAGAUCACGAUAAAACCAACUCCAUCACCUCCAAAAAAAUUAGCAAAUAAAGCGAACUUUCGCGGAUAA